ACAUUAUCCCCCGUAUUUCCCCAAACGAAACAUUUUCUCUUCUUUUGAUCCAAACCACAAAAACCCUUUUGUAAACUUCUCCCCAAAAUGCCUUCAAUACCCGAAGAGCCUAUCCUAGCCUCAAACCCAGAUCGGUUCUGCAUGUUUCCAAUUCAGUAUCCCGAAAUUUGGGAAAUGUACAAGAAAGCAGAGGCAUCGUUUUGGACUGCGGAAGAGGUAGAUUUGUCCCAGGAUACACAGCACUGGGAAAAAUUGACAGAGGACGAGAAGCAUUUCAUUAAGCAUGUUCUUGCCUUUUUUGCCGCCUCGGACGGCAUCGUUUUGGAGAACCUCGCCGGAAGGUUCAUGAAGGAGGUUCAAAUUUCGGAGGCGCGUGCGUUUUAUGGCUUCCAAAUCGCGAUUGAGAAUAUCCAUUCCGAGAUGUACAGCCUUCUUCUCGAAUCUUAUAUCAAGGACUCGGAGGAGAAGAACAGGCUUUUCCACGCAAUCGAGACCAUUCCUUGUGUGGAGAAGAAGGCUAAGUGGGCCCUCCGCUGGAUUGACGGCUCAGAAUCCUUUGCCGAGCGUAUACUCGCCUUUGCUUGCGUUGAAGGGAUUUUCUUCUCGGGAAGCUUCUGCGCAAUAUUUUGGCUAAAAAAGCGAGGAUUAAUGCCUGGAUUAACUUUCUCAAACGAGUUAAUCUCAAGAGACGAGGGUUUACACUGUGAUUUCGCGUGCUUGCUCUACAGCCUGCUGAGGAUGAAACUGAGUGAGGAUAGAGUGAAGGGGCUUAUUGCUGAUGCGGUAGAAAUUGAGAGGGAAUUCGUUUGUGAUGCUCUUCCUUGUGCCCUGGUUGGGAUGAACGGUGAUCUGAUGAGUCAAUACAUUGAAUUCGUAGCUGAUCGACUUUUGAACGCACUUGGGUACAGCAAAUUAUACAAUGUGCAAAACCCGUUUGAUUGGAUGGAAUUGAUCAGUCUGCAGGGCAAAACGAAUUUCUUCGAGAAGAGGGUAGGUGAAUACCAGAAGGCAUCAGUAAUGUCGAGUUUGAAUGGAAAUGGGGAUACCCAUGUGUUCAAGAUUGAUGAAGAUUUCUAAUUUUAAUGGUAACUUGCUAUAUGAAAUAGAUGAUUUGCAGUAAUGAUGUUAUCAUUGGAUUACAUAUAUGUUAGUUUUUUCUUGUUCAACUGAAUUUCGUUUGUAAUAGUAGCUGUAAUCUUUGUUUAAAUAAAUUCUAACCUCGUUUUCAAAUGUU